CUACUACUACUUGUGUAAGUACUCAAGGGCCAUGGCUGACGCCGACGCUGCAAGACCACGACCUGGAAGGGUGCCAGUGGCGCCCAAGUCUUCGCCCGCUGCUCCAGGCCUUGCGUCUUACUUUUCCACGCUAGACCCGCUAGCUGAGCCAAGCUAUGAAAACUUGCAGCAGCUUUCAGCGCUUGAACAAAACGGAGUGUUGCGCAAUGAUGCCUUUCGCGCUGCGUUCGUUGUCGCGCACAUUUGGAGCUCGCAGGCUCUCGCUGGGCUGGCUCGGCAAGGCCGACGCUCCGCAGUGGCACGGCGAAUUUUUGUUAGCACGGGCAAGUGGUUUGAGAGCGCGACUGAAAGCGUCUCAUCAACCACGAUCCGGACUGGCCGCGCGCUGCUCCGGGCGGACGUGCUGAGCUCCUACGCCCGCUACCUGGCGAGGGUUGGACAGCCGGGCACGGCUGAGGCUGCUGGCGCCAGCGGCGCCCCCCUGACUCUCGAGCAGCAGCUACGGCGUGAUGAGGAGGACGCCGAGGUGGUGGCCGUCAUCACCCAAGUGCUGGAAUCGCUGGCCGCACUCGCAAGCGACGAGCCCUGCUCGCAGCACCCGCAGCAGGCGCAGAAGCCGGCGGCUGCAGGGGCCAGCAAGGCGGCUGGCAACGCGCAGCCCCCCGCCCCGCCUCCCCCGCCCUCCCUGGGCUCCGAGCUGCGCUCCGGCCUGCGCCGCAGUCAGGUGCUGGAGCACACCGCGGCGGCACUGCUGCGGCUGGCGGCGGCGGCGCCCGCGGAGGCGCCGCCCCCGGCCACCGCGCCGCCACAGCAGAUGUGGGUCCACGUGACACAGGCGACGUGUUACCUAUGCUGGAGCCUAAAACGGCUGCUGUCCAAGAAGGGGUGGGACGUGUCCCUGGCAAACUGGCACGCACUGGCGCCGUCGGGAGCACGCACGCCGCCGGCAGCCGCCUCCAGCAGCGCAGCAGCUGACGCAGACGCAGCUGAGAAGGCCGCACAAGCCGCCGCCGUCAGGGAGCGGGCGGCUCAGGUGCGGCCGCUGCUGUCCGGCCCGUGCCUGCAGUUCUUCCUGUGCUGGGCCCUGGGCUGCACCCGUCUGACGGUGGAGCAUGUGGCCGGGCUGGGCGGAGAACCCCGGGAGGUGGUGGAAGCGGGUGCAGACGCUGCUGCAGAGCUGGCGUUGCAGCCGCGGCUGCUGAUGCGGCCGCUGCAGCCCUCGCUCCGCCCGGUGGCUGAGGACCAGCUGGAGGAUUCGUGCCUGGUGCUGGCGGCGGCGUCACUGGCGUUUCAGGCCACAGUCGGCGGCGGCGGUGGCGACGGCGGCGAUGGCGGUGCGGCCGGCGCAGCGACUGCAUGGCCUCGUCAGCAGCAGCAGCAGCAGCAUCCGCAGCAGCGGGCGUGCACCACGCCCUACCCGCCUGCUUGCGUCUACGAUGCAGUGCGGAGUGUGUUGCCGGGCUUCUGCGCCCCCCAGCUCGACGACGAGGACGUUGACAGCGGCCCGGAGCGGACCGACGGCACCCUGCUGCUGGUGCGGCUGAUCGGAGAGCUGCCGAGCCGGGCGGCGGCGGCGCGGCUGCCGGGGCUGUGGCGGCUGCUGCUGCUGCAGCUAGGCUGUGGCCUAGUGGAUGCUAUGCAGGGACCUCUGUGCAAAGCCGCGCGGCUGCUACUGCCGAACGAGCUUGAUGCGAGGGCAACGGCGGCGGCAGCCAGCGGGGCGGCGCUGCUACAGCCGCCGCCGGGCCUCAGCUACAGCCUGCGCUGCGCGCUGGACGCGGGGCUGCUGCCGACACUGGAGCGAAUGCUGCGUGACCCGGAUGCGUGGUCCGCCCCGCCGGAUGACUGCGGUAGUGACGGCAGUGGCGACGGCGACGUCCGCGGCAGCGGCACGGACGGCGAAACCCGCAGCGAUGGCGUCCGCGUCCGCACCAACACGGAAAGCCAUGCCAACGUCGGCAAUCGCAGCGAUGGCGGCGGCAGUGACAGUGGCAGUGACAGCGACAGUGACAGCUGCGGGCGCGAGUCGGAGCACAGGCUGGAACUGCUGAUGCUGUUAAUGGGCGUGCUGGGCACCACGGGCGUGUGGCCGGCGCUGCUGGCGCACGGCUCCGUGCACCAGCUGGUCAGCCUCAUUGCCAGCCUGGGCGCCGUGUUCAGAAAUGAGAUGGUCGCCGAGGUCAGGAGCGCCAAUGCGAACCGCCUCGCGCUGGCCUUCGCGCUCACAGCCCUCCUACAGCAGGCAGUGGAUGCUGUGGAGUGGGGCGCAGGCCGGGGCGCUGGGGGUGCUGCUGGAGUGGAGCCGGCGCAGCAGCAGCAGCUGUCAAAGGGCCAGAGGAGGAAGCUCUGUAAGCGGAGGGCGGGGGGCGGCGGUGCUGGCGUGGGCGGCAGCAGCACCAGCAGCGGUGUCAGUGGCGCCGGCGUGGGUGUGAGCGCCGGCGGCAGCGGCAAUGGCGCCCGCGGCAGCGGCAGCGGCGGAAUCGCCGGAAUCGGCGACAGCUCCGGCGGUACCACCGGCAUCGACAUAUGGUUGCAGUUCUGUUGUUCCCAACCCGACACCGGACCCGUCACAUUCCCCGUCAUGGCGGCGUACGGCGGCGCGCCGCUCGCCGGCUCGGCGGCGGCGGCGCAACAGGCGCUGCUGGUGUCCCUCGCACUGCAGCAGUGGCUGCCGGCGCUUGUUAGGCUGGCGACGGUGAUGUGUACGAAUGUGUGCCGGAAGGCCAAGGAGAAAAUGGAUGAGGACGAGGACGAGGACGAGGAUGAGGAUGAGGAGCAGGAGGCGGGAGUGGCGGCAGGCAGGGGCGGGGCUGGAGAGGCGGCGCAAGCAACCGCAGCGCGGGACGACGACCCUGACCACGGCGCCGUCAGCAGCCUGCGGCUGUGCGCCGCUGUGCUGCGGCUGCUGACGCGGGUGGCCAUGCGGGCCGCUGCCCUCGCGCAGCGCGCAGCAGGCGCAGCAGGCGCAGCCGCAGCCGCCGGCCCGUCUUCCACGGCCGCCGCCCCGGCCGCGCGGGUUCCAGAUCCAGGUCCGGGUCGCGACCUGCAGGGCUGGCUGUCUGGCGUGCUGGACCCGUGCGCGGCUGGCCUGACCCAUAUCACCAUGGCCUUGUCGCCGCCCGUGCUGGCCCACACUGCCGCGGGCAGCGAGCUGGAGUCGGCGCUACUGGACGUGGUGCAGGCCUACGCCGUCGCCAAGCCGGCGGUUGCAAAGGAGCUGAUCAACGGCUUCCAGUUCCUGCUGGAGUUUGACACGUCGACGGAGCGCAGUACGGAUGCCAACGGCCGCGAGAUCAAGGUGCUCAAGCGCGAGCCCGAGAUGGUGCGGUUCUCGGACAUCCUGGCCGGCGCCGCCGGGCGCCAUCGGCGGCGGCCGCUGUCGGCCUUCAUCACGCGUGCGGUGGCGUCGUCGGGGCAGCUGAUGCUCCGGACGGUGAUGGAGGUGGGGCUGAGUGCACAGGAGGCGAAGCAGAUGAGCAGCGAGCUCACCGAGCUGCACGGCCAGGUGGAGGCCGCGGUGGCGGCCGACGCGGCGGUGCUGUGGCGGGCGCUUUGGCCGGAGGGCGGCGCGGGCGACUCGGACUGGCGGCGGCGGUGCGAGCGUGCGUGUAGCGCGUGGCUGCUGGCGCCAGAGGAGGUGCGGGCGCGGCUGCUGGAGGCGGGCGUGGUGAUGGGUGCCGCGGUCGAGGAUGCGGGUCCUGCUGGUGUCAGCGGCAGUGGCAGUGGCGGCAGCGCAGCCGCGGCGUCGGGCGGUCUGCUGUGCGGCAGUCCCAUCUGCACCCGCCUGCGCGGCCCCAGCGCGCUCGUCCCGCCGGGCGCCGGCGUGGGCUGCCCGCACUGCCGCCAGGUCACCUACUGCUGCGCCCAGUGCCGGCAGCAGCACUGGGGCACGGGGCGCCACGGCGAGUUUUGUGUGGGCGUGAAGGCGGCGGCGGGGAAGGACACGGCAGCAGCGGGCAAGCGGUACACCGCAAUGUCGUUUUUCACUUAGCGUGCUGUUUGGUUGCUCUGUGGUGGCUGUGCUUGUGCUUGAUAGCUGGACGCGACUGGACACAUGGCGGGCCAUGUACAAACCGACCCCGGCUAUGUCCGGGAGAUGAGGCAGACGCUUGCGGCCCCAGACUAGAGACGUGGCGUGGGCUCAGCCCACUUUUUCCUUGUUCGCUUAGCGUUGCAAACAGUAGCGUUAAUGUAUGCCUAGUUAACUUGGUAUGGCUGUGGUCCGGCUGCGUGGAGUGGAUAGGGGGCAUAGGGCUAAUUGGACAUGUGUGUGUCUGUGUGUGUGUGUGUGCGUGUGUGUGUGUGUGUGUGUGUGUGUGUGUGUGUGUGUGUGUGUGUGUGUGUGUGUGUGUGUGUGUGUGUGUGUGUGUGUGUGUGUGUGUCUGUGGUUGUGUGCUGCGCUGGACCGAGUGUGAUCGAAGACGCUAUAAAGGAAACGAAUGCGCACGAUGUGGCAGGCAGGACACGCACUGGGUGCACGCACGCAUUUGUGUAGACUCAUUCCGGGGCAGUGCCUGGGAGGGGAGGCUACUGUAGCUAUAGCUAGUUCGGCAGACCUUGGGUCUUUCACAAGUGUGUAGCUAGCUCGGCAGACCUUGGGUCUCCCACGAGCGUUUUGAACUGUGGUGAUGUGGACACGUGGUUGGCGAUCAGGCAGCAGGCUGGGAAUGCGUGUUUGACGGGGGCGGCCUUGUUCGGUCCCAGCCCUGACGCCGGCAAGGUGCAAAGCGAGCCGGCAGUGAGCUGUUCUGCAGGCGUAAACUGCAAGUGUGCGAGUGUGGGACCCGUGACUGCGGCCGCAGUGGAUUGCGACUGAACAGGUUUCAAAGCGUAGGGCCUGUGACUGCGCCUGCUAUUGCCGCGGAGCCGCUGGGGCUGGCACACAGCUCAAAGUACCCGCCCUGCCGCCCACACAAGGCGCGGCUGCUGUGAAGCUAGGCCGGGUGUGUACU